AUGCCCGACCAGGAAAAGCAGCAGGACCUCACGGCCCAGCCGCUCUCCCAGCCGGCCCACUCCCUCCCCUACGAUGCUGUCCUCCGCGAGCUGUCGGUCGACGGCGAGGAGGGCCUCUCCUCCGCCGAGGCGAAGAAGCGCUUGGACGUGUAUGGGAAGAACGAGCUGGAGGGCGGAGAAAGCGUGUCGCUGGCCAAGAUUGUGAUUAGACAGAUUGCCAAUGCCAUGAUGCUGGUCCUUAUUAUUGCCAUGGCAGUCAGUUUCGGCAUCCAGUCCUGGAUCGAAGGUGGCGUUAUCGGUGCUGUCAUCGGGCUUAAUAUCAUUGUCGGCGUCUACCAGGACUACGCUGCCGAGAAGACCAUGGACUCCCUGCGGUCGCUGAGCUCCCCGACCGGUGUCGUCACCCGCGAUGGAAAAACGAAUACUAUCCCGGCGCCGGAGAUUGUCCCGGGGGACAUGGUGGAAUUGAAAGUGGGCGAUACGGUGCCUGCGGAUCUGAGACUCGUCGACGCCAUGAACUUUGAAACCGACGAGGCCCUCCUGACCGGAGAAUCCCUCCCUGUGCAGAAAGAAGUCGACGCCGUCUUCGACCAGGACACCGGCCCCGGCGACCGGCUCAACAUCGCUUACAGCUCGUCGACCGUGACCCGCGGCCGCGCCCGGGGCGUCGUCGUCGGCACCGGCAUGCGCACCGAGAUCGGCGCCAUCGCCGCAGCGCUGCGGGCCAGCGACUCGCGCAAACGCCCCGUCAAGCGCGGGCCGCAGGGCGAGACCAAGAAGCGGUGGUACGUGCAGGCGUGGACGCUGACCUGUACGGACGCGGUCGGGCGGUUCCUCGGCAUCAACGUGGGCACGCCGCUGCAGCGCAAGCUGUCGAAGCUGGCGCUGGCGCUGUUCGUGAUCGCGGUCAUCUUCGCGGUCAUCGUGAUGGGCGCCAACGAGAUGCGCGAUGACAAGGAGGUCAUCAUCUACGCGGUGGCGACGGGGCUGGCGAUGAUCCCCGCGUGUCUGGUCGUGGUGCUGACCAUCACCAUGGCCGUGGGCACCAAGCAGAUGGUGCAGCGCAAUGUCAUUGUCCGGAAACUCGACUCCCUCGAAGCCCUCGGCGCCGUGACUAACAUCUGUUCAGACAAAACGGGCACCCUCACCCAGGGCCGCAUGGUCGCCAAGCGCGCCUGGAUCCCGUCCGUGGGCACGUACUCCGUGGGUUCUUCGAAUGACCCGCUGAACCCGGAGGAGGGCGACGUGAGUCUGCUGGCCGAGCCGCCUGUGCGCGUGGAUCGCGAUGCGCACGGCGAGCCGGCUGACCCGAUGGAGCUACUGAAGGAUAACCCCGUGCUCGAGGACUAUCUGAACGUCGCGGCCAUGGCCAACCUGGCGCAUGUCCACAAGUCCGAGCACGAGCAGGAGUGGCAGGCGCGCGGUGAGCCCACGGACAUCGCGAUCCAGGUGUUUGCGUCGCGGUUCAACUGGGGCCGGGACCGCUGGGUCAAGGGUGAGAAGCCUAUCUGGACGCAAAAGGCCGAGUACCCGUUCGAUUCGACCGUCAAGAAGAUGUCGGUGAUUUUCGCCCGUGACGGCUGCGAGAUGGUCUUCACCAAGGGCGCCGUCGAGCGCGUCAUUGACAGCUGCACCGCCGUCACCUGGACGCAGGGCGCGGACCCCGUGGCCCUCGACGACGAGAAAAAGGACGAGAUCCUGCAGAACAUGGAGGCGCUCGCGAGCGAGGGUCUGCGCGUGCUGGCCCUCGCCUGCCGGCCGAACCAGGGCCCCACGGACCACGACAACGUGCCGGACCGCGACGAGGUCGAGAAGGACCUCGUCUUCUGCGGAUUGAUCGGGCUGUACGAUCCGCCUCGGCCGGAGACCGCCGGCGCCAUCGAGGAGUGCUAUCGCGCCGGCAUCUCCGUCCACAUGGUGACUGGAGACCACCCGGGCACGGCGCGCGCGAUUGCAGCGCAGGUCGGCAUCAUCCCAGCCGACAUGCACACGCUGUCCAAGGAUGUCGCCGACGCCAUGGUCAUGACGGCCAGCCAGUUCGACAAGCUGACCGACGAGGAGAUUGACGCGCUGCCAGUGCUGCCGCUGGUUAUUGCGCGGUGCGCGCCGAACACGAAAGUGCGCAUGAUUGACGCGCUGCACCGUCGCGGCCGCUACGCCGCCAUGACCGGCGACGGCGUCAACGACUCGCCGUCGUUGAAGCGCGCCGACGUCGGUAUCGCCAUGGGGCAGGCCGGCUCGGACGUGGCUAAGGAUGCGUCGGAGCUGGUCCUGAUGGACGACAACUUUGCGUCAAUUAUCAACGGCAUCGAGGAGGGUCGGCGCAUCUUUGAUAACAUCCAGAAGUUUGUGCUGCACCUGCUGGCCGAGAACGUCGGGCUCGCCCUGACCCUUCUCGUGGGUCUCGCUUUCAAGGACCACAACGGCCAGUCCGUCUUCCCCAUCGCGCCCGUCGAGAUCCUGUGGAUCAUCAUGAUCACGUCCGGUCUGCCGGAUAUGGGCCUGGGAAUGGAGCAGGCGGCGCCGGAUAUCAUGAACCGCCCGCCGCAGAGCAAACAAGGCAUCUUCACCUGGGAAGUGGUCGUCGACACCCUCGUCUACGGCGUGUGGAUGGCCGCCCUGUGUCUCGCGGCCUUCUCGCUCGUGCUCUUCGGCUGGGGCAACGGCGACCUGGCCGAGGGCUGCAACAGCAACAACAGCCCGGAGUGCAACGAGGUGUUCCGCGCGCGGGCCACCACGUUCGUGUGCAUGACGUGGUUCGCACUGUUCCUGGCGUGGGAGCUGAUGGACAUGCGGCGCAGCUUCUUCCGCAUGAAGCCGGACUCGAAGCGGUACUUUACGCAGUGGAUGCUGGACGUGUGGCGCAACAAGUUCCUCUUCUGCGGGAUCAUGAUUGGCUUCGUGACAACGUUCCCGAUUCUGUACAUCCCCGUCAUCAACGACAAGGUGUUCCGCCAUGUCGGCAUCUCGUGGGAAUGGGGCGUUGUUGUCGUCGAGGCGAUUCUGUUUAUUGGGGGUGUGGAGCUGUGGAAGUGGUGUAAGCGCAUCUUCUUCCGGCACAUGGACAAGCGGGCUGUCGAUGCGGGCGAGCCGGAUCGCAGUAUGCCCAAGGACUUUAGUCGGUAUACGAGUAUGAGUCGGACGGAUACGACGGUGACUGGCGAGGGGAAGAGAGAGACCUCGAUGGUCUGA